AUGGUCUCUUCAUCAACGAUGCAGGGCCGCCUAGCCACAGAUGACGAGAUUCGCGAUUUACAACAUGUUCCAGCCCAUCUUCCUCAGCGAGUUUGGCUGGCGGCGACCAUUGGAAUGGCGGAGCGAUUUGCUUAUUAUGGAACACAGACCCUCUUCCGUCAGUAUAUAUCCAUCAACCCUAAAUCACCACGCCUUGAUCUCGCUGUUAACCAGGCUAAACCACAGAAAACUAUCUUCAAAACAAACCGACCGACUUGCAUCUAUGCAAUUGGAUCUGCAAUCCUUUUUGCGACCUCUUUCCCGUCGGAGAUGAAGACUGGUGUCUCAACUCCUGGCUUUGUGGCCGGGGCGGUUCUCAUUGCUAUCGGUCUCGGAGGGGUACAAGCAUCUGUUCAGCCUUUCAUCGCGGAUCAAUACACCGAAACAGAUAUGCGAAUCAGAACCAACAAAAAAGGGCAAAAGGUAGUGGAAGAUCGCGAACUCACCAUCCAAUACAUCUACAAUGUAUAUUAUUGGAUGGUUAAUGUGGGCUCAUUGGGUAGCAUCGCCACCACACUGAUGGAGAAAUACAUUGGCUUCUGGUCAGCUUACCUGUUGGAUCUCUGUGCCGUGGCUCUUUGUGUGUUGGUGGUCCAAGUGGCGAGGCCAAAAUUUGUCCACCCACCCAGCCAAGGCUCGAAGCUUCCCCUUGCCGCUCGCUGCCUAUGGUGUGCUAUGAGGGGAGGAUUCAAUCUCGAUGCCGCUCUCCCAGAGAGGCAAUUGGAGGUGCACGGCCGAGUCGUCCUCUGGGAUAAAGAGUUCAUCGCAGAGCUUCGAGGUGCUUUGUCGGCCUUCAAGAUCUGCAUUGGUUGGCCGAUAUUCUGGGUUUGCAUGGGCGAGGCAUCCCAAGUAUCAAUCUCUCAAGCAGGUCAAAUGGAGACGCACGGGAUUCCGAAUGAUCUCCUCAAAACUUCCAACGCGGUGACCUACGUCUUAUUUGGAAUAACCGUUCAGAAGCUACUCUAUCCGUUCUUGCAGAAACGCAAGAUCGCUUUUAGCCCGGUGAAUCGCAUCACGCUUGGUUUUUCCAUUAUGUCAAUUGCCAUGGCAUACUCUGCCGUGGUCCAGCAUGCGAUCUACCAGGCUGGUCCGUGCUACUCACGUCCUCUUGCGUGCGACGCAUCGCAGGGAGGAAAAAUCCCAAAUCAUGUCCAUGUGCUCCUACAGCUUCCUGCUUUCGUGAUCAUCGCUAUUGCCGAGGUAUUCUGCUGGCCAACCGGCUCUGAGUAUACUUAUUCUCACGCCCCCAAGAGCAUGAAGUCAAUCUUGCAGGCAUGUUAUAUUGGAACGGCAGGAUUAGGAUAUCUCUUGGGCAUGGCGUUGUCCCCACUCGUCAAGGAUCCUCUGCUGGUCGUGUUGUGGUCUCUGGUCGCUGGACUGAUGUUCCUGACGGCCUGUGCAUUCCGUGUUGCCUUUCGCAAAUAUUAG